UAAAGUGGCUUCCAUUUUCACCAACACAAAGUGAUGUGCACUGUGAUUACGGGGGUAUAUCGGGAAUUACAUUAUCCGUAACUUCUCGAACCCAAAACUCCAAACCCUAACCUAGCCCAAACAUUUGCAGCAGAUACACACAGCUAUCUCCCCCAGAAUUGCUCACAUCUUCUUCUUCCUGUAAUAAUUAUUUGAUUAUCAUCCCCAAAUUUGAUUGAAUCGUUUCUACUACUACACAUAAUUUAUCGAAUAUUUGAUGCCGAUACGAGAUGCCUCCAAAGCAGCAAUCUAAAGCUGAUGUAGCGAAGAAGCAGAAGGUUGUUGAGGACAAAACUUUCGGUCUCAAAAACAAAAACAAAAGCAAACAAGUCCAGAAAUAUGUUCAGAAUCUCAAGCAAUCUGUUCAGCCCAAAAUCGAUCCCAAAACCGAUGCCAAGAAAAAGAAGGAGGAAGAGAAGGCCAAGGAGAAAGAGCUGAAUGAUUUGUUCAAAAUCGCUGUUAGUCAGCCUAAAGUUCCAGUUGGUGUUGAUCCCAAGUCCAUAUUAUGUGAGUUUUUUAAAGUGGGUCAGUGUGCCAAGGGUUUCAAAUGCAAAUUCUCUCAUGAUUUGAAUAUUCAGAGGAAAGGGGAAAAGAUUGAUAUUUACAGUGAUAAGCGCGAUGAGGAUACUAUGGAAGAUUGGGAUCAAGAGACCUUGGAGAAGGUGGUGGAGUCGAAGAAAAAUGAGUAUAAUCAGAACAAACCAACUGACAUUGUAUGUAAACACUUUUUGGAUGCAGUAGAGAGAAAGCAAUAUGGUUGGUUUUGGGCCUGUCCUAAUGGUGGUAAGAAUUGCCACUAUAGACAUGCACUUCCACCUGGGUAUGUUUUAAAAUCCCAAAUGAAGGCUUUGUUAGAGGAAGAGUCUGAUAAAAUAACAAUCGAGGAGGAGAUUGAGAACCAGCGUGCCCAAGUUAAAACUAUAACUCCUAUUACACCUGAGUUAUUCUUUCAAUGGAAGAAGAAAAAGAUGGAUGAGAGAGAUGCCAGUUUGGCUGCCCAACAGGCUGAGAGAGCUAAGAAUGACCGCAUGAGUGGUCGUGAGCUGUUUUUGUCAGAUGCUAGCUUGUUUGUGGAUGAUGCUGAAGCAUAUGAUAAGUACCAAAGAGAACCAGAACCUGAUGAAACUGAACAGAAUGGGACUGGGAGUGCUUCUAAUAAUGGUCCCAGCACCUCAUCAACAGGUGGUGCUGAUGAUGAUGAACUUCCCGAUGACAUUGAUGACGAUGAUGAUGAAUUGGACUUGGAUGAGUUGAAUGAACUGGAAGCAAGUUUAGCCAAGACAUCAAUCCAAAUAAAGGAAGCAGGAACUGAAGCUUAAUCCUGAUAAUUAAUCUUGACCUCGAUGUGAUAUUUUUAUGCCUCUGCUGAACAAUAGAUCAUUUGCUUCUAGCCUCUGGCACUCCUUGCAUUGGAGGAGGUUUUUUAUAUGAAGCCUUUGAUGAUACUCAAAUCACUUUGCAAUAUCGCAUUUGGUAUGAAUGAUGAUAGUUUGGUAUCAUUCAGUUUUCUGUAGUUAGGUCCCUCAUUGGGCCUGUGACCGACGUUUUUGUUGUUUGAAUAUGGGUAGUCUUUGUACAAACUGUACCUAAUUUUUGUUAUUUGAGUUUCCCCACUUUGCAAAGGCCACUUCGAUAUUGUUUUGUUGUGUGAUUUUCUUGAAGUCAUAGCAUAAAGUGAUUGCUGUUAUGUUACGGAUAUUUAUACAGCAAGUUAAUAUUUUGGAUUUUGAAA